AUGUGGGCCCACAGACUCUCUAACAUGAAUUACCAGAACCUUAUUGAUCGCAAUUGGAGAAGAAGUGGUAAAUACUGUUAUAAACCGGUUCUGGAGCGGACCUGUUGUCCGAUGUACACAAUCAGAUGUGAUGCCGUUAACUUCAAACUCAGAAAAUCGCACAAAAAAGUAAAGGAUGUGAUGGACGAUAGACCACAAGUCAAACCACUUUUCAAUGAGAAAGAGUCACAAAAUGAAUACAAAGGGAGUGCCGAACCAAACAAAGAGUCCGUUGAGAAGAUUAUAGACAAUGAUAUCAAUACUAGUGUUAAUGUCAUGAGUUGUGACCAUAAAAGUGAUGAUAAAGUGAUGGAAAGACGGAAAGGAAAGGCAAAGAAUAUUAGGAAAGAGAGAAAAUUACGAAAAAUAAUGGCUAAAGAAAAAUGCGAUGAAAAGAGAGGACUGGAGAUAAUGAGUGAAAACUUUAAAAGCAAAGCGAUCGCUAAAAACAAAUGCAAAUCACUUGAAGAUUAUUUGAAUGAAAUCGAGACUUCUUUGAAUGCAAAACAUAAACUUAAAAUACGUUUUGUGUCGACAACUACUGAGGAAUACAAACAGACUUUUGAAGAAAGCCAUGAAGUUUAUCGCAAAUACCAGAUGUCAAUACACGGCGACUCUCUGGACAAAUGCAGUUCAAAGCAAUACAAGAGAUUUCUAAUCGAUUCUCCUCUUGAGAAUGAGAGAUGUGUGACAAGUGAUGGAUUGCCCGAUCACUUGGGAUCUUUCCAUCAACAGUAUUGGUUGGAUAAUAAGCUUAUAGCCGUUGGAGUUAUUGAUGUCUUGCCUUAUUGUGUGUCCUCUGUAUACCUCUAUUACGAUCCCGAAUAUGACUUCUUAUCUCUUGGAACCUAUUCGGCUCUGAGAGAAUUGCAAUUAGUGCGGAGACUACAACAAUACCUACCGGAUCUUAAGUAUUACUACAUGGGCUUUUAUAUCCAUUCGUGUCCUAAAAUGAGAUAUAAGGGGCGGUUUAGUCCAUCGGAUCUAUUGUGUGGCGAAACGUUUUCAUGGCAUCCAAUCACCAAAUGUGUCCCAAAGUUAGAUCUAACUAAAUAUAGUCGUUUCGAAGACAACCCCAAUGCUAUGGACAGCGACUCCAAGUCACUAACAGACGCAGAGAUUAAGAUUCUGUACAACAGCACCGAUAUGUCACUCCUUGUCUAUAAGACUGUUCGCGCCAUUGAUCGCAAUGAAGAGAAACAGAUCAAAGAAUACGCUAAACUCAUAGGAAGGAAAUCAACACUAAAGAUAUUAGUUUGUGGUGAUGUGAGGGGUAAAUACAGACAACUGUUUAGUCGGAUCAGUGUCGUGAACAAGAAGUCGGGGCCCUUUGAUGUGGUCCUAUGUGUCGGUCAGUUCUUUGGUGUCGAUUGCGAUGAAGAGUACAAUGACUUAAUCCACGGAUCAAUUUGUUUGCCAUCCAUUCCUAUCUAUAUAUUGGGAGCAACUGAUGAACGACUCGUGAAGUACUAUAAGACUGAUGACCCCAACAGUGACUAUGAAUCAGGUUUUGAGUUAAUCGAUGGCAUCACUUAUUUGGGCCGCAAAGGCAUACUUACGGGCAGUUCCGGCCUAAGAAUCGCUUACUUCAGUGGAAACCAAUCAACUGAUGGCAAAAGUGGUGAUAAGAGUACGUUUGAUAUGAAAGACUACGAGUCGUUACUUCUGUCGCAUCAAAGCUCUUCAUCGGUGGUCGACCUCUUGCUGACCAGUCAAUGGCCUAAACAUGUGUUUCGUUACACUGAAGGACACGAGAAGUCAUUGGAGGACAAGAACUCUGAGUUUGGCUCUGAAUUGGUGUCUAAACUGUCACUUCUGUUGCGUCCGCGCUAUCACUUGGUUAGUGGUUAUAAUAGUUUCUACGAAAGGCAUCCCUUCCGGAACCACCGCGUGUUGGCUGAGACGGCCCGACACGUGACUAGAUUUAUAGCUGUGGCCGAUGUGGCCAACGAAGCCAAGCAGAAGUGGUUGUAUGCCUUCGCUAUCACUCCCGCCAAAGGUAUCGAUGCAAACGAGUUGAUCAAACAGCCGACUGAUGUGACAGAGAAUCCGUUCUUUGAUAUUAAAUUUGAGGCCAAGAAUGAAAUGUCUACUAAAGACAAGUCCAACGAAUCCACGCAAUUCUUCUACGAUUUGAGCCAAAGGCAUGACAACCAGAAUAGGAGUUAUAAUAAUAAAAGGAAAAGACAACAAAACAAUGAGUUUCGUGAGAGAAAACAGAGACCACCGAUGAAUCCUCAGGAGUGUUGGUUCUGUUUGGCCAGUCCUCAGGUCGAGAAACAUCUGAUUAUAUCAAUUGGAGACCACUCUUACCUGGCUAUGGCUAAGGGAGGGCUCACUGACGAGCAUUUGCUUAUAUUACCGAUCGAUCACUUGAGGUCUACCAUAGAGUUGGAGAGUGAAGAGGUGGCCAAUGAGUUGAAUCGAUUUAAAUCAGCGCUCAUUAAAUACUUUGAUUCAAAGUCACAGUCGGUUGUGUUUUUUGAGCGCAACUUCAAGUCAUCUCAUCUGCAAAUACAAUGCGUUUCUAUUCCCAAAUCCAAAGCACAAGACCUUAAAUCCGUUGUCUUAGAACAGACCGAACAGAGAAAUGUUGAUUUCAAGCAACUCUCAGAUGAUCUCGAAUUGAAGGAUGUGUUAAAUCCAGGCAUUCCUUACUUUUAUAUGGAACUCCCCAAUGGAAAAGUGUUUACUCGUAUUAAGACCAAUGAGUUCUUUCCGAUACAACUCGGCAGAGAACUGUUAGCCCAUCCCUCUGUCCUGAACUGUGGAGAUCGGGUCGAUUGGAAGCAGUGCUCUCUGCCCGACGACGAGGCCAUUGCCAUCGCCAACAGAAUCCGAGAAGAAUUUAAACAUUUUGAUUUCACUCUUCAGUAG